CACACACACAAGAAGUUGACUGAGAAGUAGUAAUUAUAGGCUUCUUCGUUGUCUAGAAUCUGGAGAUAGUGAGCAAGAAAGACACAGAUAUUUUUGCUUUGUCAAUCUCAUACAGCCGAUUCAAUCUAAGAUUUUUCUUCGUUUUUGCUCUUCAAGGUUCACCUGAGAAACCAGAGGCGAACGGCAUGGGGACUGCGAUAGGCCGUCAAGAGUUUAUGAUCCAACAUGCAGUUUGUGAAUCUGGUUCCGAUCCUCGCACCAUUUCAGACGGGGAGGUGGAUGAUGAUGGCAAACCAAGACGAACAGGGACUGUGUGGACGGCAAGUGCACAUAUAAUAACAGCAAUUAUAGGCUCCGGGGUUCUCUCACUAACCUGGGGCAUGGCCCAGCUUGGAUGGAUCGCUGGCAUAGGCAUUCUCUUAACCUUUUCAGUCAUUGCAUAUUACACCUCUAGUCUCUUAGCAGAUUGUUAUAGAUUUCCAAAGUCUGCAUCUGGCAAGAGAAAUUACACAUGCAUGGCCGCUGUCAAUGCCUAUUUGGGUGAAAACAUGCGCAAGAUUUGUGGGCUGUUCCAAUUUCUCAUUCUUAGUGGGGCAACAAUUGGCUACACGAUUACUGCAUCUGUUAGCAUGGUGGCUAUAAGAAAAUCAAAUUGCUUCCACAAGAGAGGCCAUGGAGCUCCAUGCAAGUUUUCCAACAACAAGUACAUGAUUGGACUUGGGAUUACUGAAAUCUUGGUGUCUCAAAUCCCAAAUUUCCACAAGCUUUCAUGGCUCUCAAUCGUCGCUGCCAUCAUGUCUUUUGCUUAUUCAUCAAUUGGACUAGGACUGGCAUUUGCCAAGGUCAUCUCAGGGCAUGGGCAUAGAACAACACUUACAGGAGUAGAAGUUGGAGUAGAUGUAACAGCAGCAGAAAAAAUAUGGACAAUAUUUAGAGCAAUCGGUGAUAUGGCAUUCGCUUGCGCGUAUUCUGUCAUUUUGAUUGAAAUUCAAGACACACUAAGGUCAUCACCACCAGAAAAUAAAGUAAUGAAGAAGGCCAACAUGAUAGCUAUAUUAACUUCAACAACCUUUUAUUUGAUGUGUGGUUGCUUUGGUUAUGCUGCAUUUGGGAACAAAGCACCAGGGAACAUGCUAACUGGCUUUGGAUUUUACGAGCCUUUCUGGCUGAUAGACUUGGCCAAUGUCUGCAUAGUGGUGCACCUCGUGGGUGCAUACCAGGUACUCGCCCAGCCUAUAUUCAGUACAUUUGAGUCGUGGGCUAGCAUGAGGUGGCCCGAUUCUGAAUUUGUAAACACUGAAUACCCACUAAGAAUUGGCAGCAAAAAGUUAAAUUAUAGCAUCAACUUCUUAAGGCUGACUGGGAGAACAACCUUUGUCGUGGUUGCAACUUUGCUUGCAAUGGCAUUGCCUUUCUUCAAUGAAAUACUCGCACUUCUUGGGGCAAUUUCAUAUGGGCCCAUGACAGUCUAUUUCCCUGUGGAGAUGCACAUUGCCCAGAAUAAGAUUAAAAGGCUAAGCAUAAGGGGGUUGGCCCUUCAGCUUUUGAACCUGGUCUGCUUCCUUGUGUCCAUAGCUGCAGCGAGCGGUGCCAUCCAGGGUAUGGGUCACGGUCUCCGUGCCUCCAAGCCCUUCCAGUAUAAAGAGUGAUCCCUUUUCGGUGCUGCAGUUGUUCAAUGGAUUUUAGUCAUGGGUCGUGAGUCGUGAGCUAGGCCUGAAUCAAGUUUGUCGCCAAUAAAUGCCCCAUAAAUCUUUUAUACAAAAUUAACCCGUGAGUUCUAAAUGUGAAAGUGGCAAGUAAUUGAAUUAUAUAUGUUUUGUGUUCUUUUU